AUGCUGGAUCUCUUAGGUCGCCCCCGCAAGAACCUGCGCCGGCAGAUCUAUUUUCCGGUGUAUCUUGAUCGGGCGGCCGUUCCAAUCCACCACCUGCAAGGAACAGGAAGAUGGACGCUGGAAGGAAGACGAAAACGCUGGAAGAGCAGAGAGGAGGAUGAAAAAGACAGAAAAGAGCUGUUCGACCUGGUUUAUAUUUGUCUUUCGAUUAGACCUGGUGGUGUUCUCUACCUUGCUGAGAUGGAGGGUGUUGAUGCCGACCCUCCUUGCCACCCGCAAGCAGUGAGUCCUCUUGAGUAUCCAUCAAUACUUAUCAAAUCCAAAGCAUGUCUGACCAAAAACUCCUACAACGAGGCUAAAUGUCGGAACCAGAUCAUCCAGCUGUACAAAUGCUGCAAUGCUCUCUAUACACAGAAGGGAGAGGAUGCAAAAACCCCAAGCUGCCCGAAACCUUCUUUACUCAAGUUGAAGCUGAAGCAGAUUGAAAAUGGCGAUUUUUGA